CAGUUUUAAAAAAUAAAAAAGUAAGUUUAAAAUUGUUAAAAUCACUUUAUUGAGUUACUAAUGGGAUUAGGGGAGAGCUUAAAAAAUAUCGCAUUGUUUCCCCUCAAAUUUCUAAGGUAUAAAACGGCAAGUAAUGUGAAGAGGGAACGAGUAAUUAAACUGGGUAUUUUGUGCAGGAAAUCAUGGGUUCUUUUCCCACCAAUUAUGCUAUAUCAAUACCUACGACAAACUGACAGGGAUCAUUUUACAACUGAGUUGUUUUAUAAGAAUUCAUCAAGUGAUGAUUCAAAGGCAUUUUAUGACCCAGACAAACCUAAACACUUGAGGAAUUGGAAAAUACAAAGUGAUCUCGCACUGCUCUCACUAGUCGCAAAUCAAAAAUUCAAUCAAACCGAAGAAAACGAUGAAUAAACAUAAUUUUUUAAUAUUUUACCCUUUUCUCAUUUUUUACAAUUUUCUACGAUUCUUCUUCAUCACCUGACAACUCUUUUCAACAACAAUU